AAAACUCGGAGGAGAUAAUUGAACCUAUCCUAGAAGAACUCUCGUAGAAAACACCGCAGUAGAUAAGUUCCCGACACCGACGGAAUCAUACCCCUUCCCACCCAUCCAUCCCCUCUCUGAACCAGUAGGCAGCCGAACCUCUGCUGGUAACCAGGAAAAGCUAUGAACGUCGUCUGGCGCGUGUUGGUGUUCAUCGGAGUCCUAUGGCGAUUUCACGACUGUGAGCAGUUCUCCGUCAAGCGGUGCCCGGUGGGGUGCAUCUGCGUGUCACAGACUCAGGUCAUGUGCAACAGUGGUUCACUGCGGGAAAUCCCCCUCGCCCACAUGCCCCCCACGGUGGAGGUCCUCUCGCUGCAGAAGAACAUCUUUCCGAUAAUUAAAAGCGACGCGUUCCUGGGGCUGAAGGCACUCAAAAAGCUCUCGCUCGACCGAAACAACAUUAGCACGAUAAAACCGUUUGCCUUCCGGGGGCUUCCGCGGCUGCGAGAGCUCUCGAUCCAGCACACUCCACUCGCGACGGUGGCAUCGUUUGCCUUCGCCGGGCUGCAAAACGUAUCGCAGAUAACCCUUUCGCACAACAAGAUUCUGCGCAUCGAGGCGUACGCGUUCGCCGGGUCGGCCGGCAUCAUGCUGCUCAAUUUGGCCGACAACCCGACGGUGCUGGUCGAGAAGAAUGCAUUCUCCAACCUGGGCUCGGUCGAUCGGCUGACGCUGCCCGCGGGGAUUCGCAACAUUUCGCAGGACGCGUUCAACGCACUGGAUACGGUCGGCCACCUAAAACUGUCCUUCAUGGACCUCACCGAAGUCAGUGCGUUCACCUUCCGAGGUUUAAUCAACGUCCGACUCCUUUCCCUUCAGGAAUCGGACCUUGGUGUCAUCAGUGCAAACGCCUUCGACGGACUGGACCACGUUGAAACGCUCAGCAUCCUCAACAACAAGAUUGAUGCCAUCCAAGAGCUCAACAUCACGUAUGCCAAUCACAUCAAAUCGCUGCGACUGCAGGGCAAUCACCUGCUGGAAACGCCCGAGCCGGGCAGUAUAACGCUGGAGGGCCUGAGCCAGCUGCACGUAGUGGGUAACUAUUUCCCCUGCGGGUGCCACAUUCACACCCUCUUGGAGAGCCCGCUGGCAAACGGGUCCUACUCGAACGGGGAGGAUUUCCUCACCAAGAACUACUGCAUCUCGCCGCUGGAGUACAACGGUUGGAAGAUGAGCAAGGUGGACAUCUUCGCCAUCGGCCGGUGUCACGAGCAAGUGACGCGGGAGAACCUGGAAGCAUCGGGAGCCGCCAGCCGGCAGCACUACUGGACGAUUCUACUGGGGAGGAGGCGACCGGGCGAAAGUGGUGGCUCCGGCGGUGAUUCCAGCAGCUCCAGUGGGAACUGCUGCAACAGUAGCAGUAGCGGAGGGAGCAGCUGGUGCGGUUGGUACUGGUGGAAUCGGAUCAAUUAUUCAACGGCCGCAGUGCUGCACCUGUUCUACGCGCUGGCACUGUUAGCCUAUUUUAAAUAUUUCAGACUGAAAAUCAGUUGAACACAAUAGAGAUGGAGCGAGGGGUGGCCGAGCGAGGCCAGCUGCCGAAAGGUGGAUGUGUAUAUUUAGUUGUCACGCGCUUAGGAGA